AUGGAAAGUUGGGAUGAGAAACUUAGUACAGCUGCUGGGGAGGGAAAUCUUAAAGAUGUGGAAUUAUCUUUAGAAAAUGGAGCUAAUUUGGAAUAUAAAAGAGGUUAUAAUGGAUGGACAUCAUUGAUGUUUGCGGUUGGGGGAGGACACCUGGAGGUGGUGACUUACCUAGUCACUCACGGCAGUCAGUUAGAGGCCACAUCCACCUGGGGAGGAAUGACACCAUUAAUGUUUGCGGCUGGGGGAGGAUUACUGGAGGUGGUGACGUACCUGGUCACUCACGGCAGUCAGUUAGAGGCUACAGAGGAGUGGGGAAUGACAUCAUUAAUGUGGGCGGCUGAGGAAGGACACCUGGAGGUAGUGACGUACCUCGUCACUCACGGCAGUCAAUUAGAGGCCACAGACUGGAUGUAUGGAUACACAGCUUUACAUUAUGCUGCUAUGAAUGGACGGAUUGAUGUAACAAAAUUGUUAUUAGAUCAAGGAUGCAGUCCUUGGGUGAAAACAAAACAGGGUAAGACUCCUUAUGAUUUGGUAACAAUAGAAAGCCAUGAUUCUGAUGAGAUAAAAAGGAAGAAGAAAGAAGUGAUGGACUUCCUUAAGUCUGUCAUAUCAGAGAAAUCUUCAGGAGUCACCUCUGGAUUAGAGAAAGAAGAUGGUAUUGUUCCAACUGAAAUCAAAUUAAUGGCUGACAAAAGAUCUAUUGAUUUGUACCUCAAAUUACUUGAGUCAGGCUCUGAAAAAAAGAGAGACAUACGUUUAGUAGUAGUUGGGAAGAAAGGUGCGGGUAAGACAUCAUUGAUUAGAAGACUGUUUGGUGAAGACAUUACAGAUGUAACCAGUACAAAUGGAAUCGAAAUUCACAAAAUUAAAUGCAAAGCAAUGUCGGAUGAUGGUAUAUGGAAUAAGUUAGAUGAAAACUAUGAAGAAACUCAAGCAAGACUUUUAAAAGAAUAUAUGGGAAAACUUCAGGACAAAAGAACAAUUCAAGAACAAGAAGAAUCCCAAAUAGCCUUUAAGGACAACACACCAGUGACAUCUGUUGAUGAAUCAAAGAAAUCAGAGACAACAUCCAAGCAAACUAAAAUACGAAAACCUCCAACAGCAGUUGAACCUCAACCAAAACCACAAGUAACUCCCCAGCAGUCAAGCCAAUCAUCUGAACAGGCAGCAAGGGAUUUCGAAACUAUGCUUACCGCUAAGUCUAAAGUUGAUGUGCAUGACAAAGAGGAAUAUGCCACAUUUUUGCUAUGGGAUUUUGCAGGAGAUGAAGAAUUUUACCAUACACAUCAAACCUUUCUGUCCCAAGAUGCAAUGUAUCUUGUUGUUACAAAACUCAAUGAAGCUGAUGAUCCUAAUGCACAAGCUUUAUUCCGACUUUGGAUUGACUCCAUACAUUGCUACAGUAGACUGGAAGAGAAAAAUAUUAUAGCUGAUGACAAGACAACUACGUCAGAUGAUCUUGAUCCACCAGUAGUUAUUGUUGGCACAUGGAAAGACGCUGUUACCUCAGAAGCAGACACGGUUGAGGAGGCAUGCAGAGAAAGUUUGUUGGUGUACACCGAGAAUCUGGCAGAUGAUGAACGUGGACAUGUAAGGAGUGAAUACUUUAUUUCUAAUAAAGAAGAUGAUCACAGUGUAUUCCAGCAAAUACGACGAGAUAUUAUAAACUCAGCCAGAGAAAUGAGGACAUGGAACAAAGAUUAUCCGUUAAAAUCUAUACAACUGGAGCAACGACUUCAGGAAAAGAAGAAAGAGUUACCAAUUAUUACUUAUCAGGAAAUUAAACAAAUUUCUACUGAUACACCAAAGCCUUUAACUGAUGAAGAACUGAUAUUAUUUCUAGAAUUUCACCAUGAACUCCGAUCUUUAGUUUAUUUUGAAGAUCUCCCAGACAAUAUUAUUUUAGAUACACAAUGGUUGUCUGAUGCUUUUAAAUGUAUAGUAACAGCAAGGAAAUUUCAAGCUACUACUAAAAAUCAAAAAAGGUGGAAUGAAUUUUACCAUACAGGCAAAUUAAAUUAUGACGUUUUAGAAGAUAUAUUUAAAAAAGAGACAACCAUUUUGUAUGAAAACAAAGACUAUAUCCUGAAUGUAAUGGAGAAAUUUGAUAUCAUUAUACGUCCAAACAAAUCAGGUGCUGAUGUAAACCCUUACUACUAUGUACCUAGUAUGAUCAGAGCAGAACCUGAGCGUGACAUUUAUGAAAUGUUUAAUGUGCCAAAAGAUAUAUUUAAAAGAUCCACGUGGUUGUGUUUCAGAUUUAGGUUUCUACCACCACAUCUAAUGAAUCAUUUAAUUGCUUCACUGAGCAGGAAGUAUACAGUUGCAGAAGUGGUUGACAGUAAGAAGAAAAAAAGACAAAUUGCUCUUUUUAAAGGCACUGCUGUCUUUGAGUUACAACAUGAGACAACGAAAUUAAGAAAAUUACUUGUAAUGACAUGUCCAAAUGUUAUUCAGAUUCAGGUUUGGGAAUUCGGGGAAGACAUUAAAGGUGGUUUGUACAAAUACAUUGACGACUUUGUAACAGAGGAAUUAAACACAAUCAUGCAUACAAGAUUCAAGAUGUCAAAUGUAAAAUUUGAGAAAAAGUGGGAAUGUGGCCUUACUGAGCCAAAGUGUGUGACAGGAUCAAACAUGUUCAUGGAAGAGCCUAUAUAUCAAUGUGACACAUGUCAAAUUAAACACAUGUUCAUAGACGAAUGGUCAGAUCAACAAAAUAAAGCACCAUGGGUACGUCAGAGAAAACAAGUGAACUCUAAUAAAAUAAGAGAAAACGAAAGCAGAAUCAUACAGGACAUACAAAUCAGCCAAAUUUUAGACCAUAUGAUGACACAUCUGGUGAUAUCAGCAGAUGACAGACGUGAAAUUGAACAUUAUCCUCGACAAGAUGACCAGAACAAAGCAUUGCUAGAUAUUGUAAUUAAAAGGAAAGAACCUGCUUACGGUGUGUUUGUUGAUGGAUUACGUAAUUAUGGAUACGAAGAUAUUGCUAAUGAUUUGAAAUAUCAUUCACAGAAAAUGAGUCCAAGUACAACAUCAGCAUCUGCUGAAACUGAAGGCUUAUCAGCUUGGAAUGUUCCAUUAUAUAAAGUUCAAUUACAAAAGAACUACCUCAAGGUCAUCACUGAUUUACAACACGAGAACAUAGUAGAUCAUCUAAUAACAAAAGAGGUAAUGUCGGUAGAUGAUGGGAAGAAGAUAGAAUCUGGUAAAACCCCACAGGAAAAGAACAGGAAUUUAAUGGACAUGCUUUUGCGUAAAAAUGAACGGGGAUUUAAUGAAUUUCUCAAAGCCCUACGGAAAGACUCAAUUUAUGUAGAUCUAGCAGAUCAUAUACAAAAGACAGAAGUUACGAGCACAGAUAUGGCAACCCUUUAUAAAUGCUUGAAAUAAAAUAAAUGUAAUUUCUUUCAGAAAAAAACUUUACACGAGAA